GAGCAGAACCUGUGAGUAGCUCGUGAAGAUGACAAUCUGCAGGAUUUUAUUUUUGCUUUUACUAUCUCAGACGCUUUCCUUCGGAAGUGGCUCCAUGGUAAAACUUACCAAUGGAGGCUAUGAAGAUAUAGUCUUUGCAAUUAAUCCUAAAGUUCCUGAAGAUGCAAAAAUUAUUGACAAUAUAAAGAGCAUGGUUAAAGAAGCAUCAAGUUAUUUAUUCACAGCAACACAAAACAGACUGUUCAUACGUAGUGUAAAAAUUCUAAUACCAUUUACAUGGCUAAAGGGAAGUUAUGAAAAAGUAACAACAGAAACAUAUUUUAGGGCAGAUAUUAUCAUCGCAUCACCACAUGUGAAUUAUGGAUAUGACCCAUACACAUUACAGUAUGGACAAUGUGGUGAACAAGGCCGAUACAUUCACCUCACUCCUGAGUUCUUAGUAGAAGCCAGCGCGAUCAUUGCAUAUGGACCACAAGGAAGAUUGUUUGUCCAUGAGUGGGCUCAUUUAAGAUGGGGUGUCUAUGAUGAAUACAAUAAUGAUGUUCCCUUUUAUUUAUCAAGUGGUAAUGAAGUAGAAGCUACAAGGUGUUCAACUGAACUUAAAGGUAUUUACAGACCAUACACAUGUACAAAUCCUCCUGAUUGUACAUGUGUACGUCAGAAUAACACCUAUGAUGCUGACAAUUGUGUCUUUGUACCCGAUAUAAGCCAAACUUCCCAAGAAUCUAUAAUGCAUUUACAGGCAUUACCUGAUAUAACUAAAUUUUGUGAUGCUACAAAUCAUAAUGCGGAGGCACCAAAUUUACAGAAUAAGAUGUGCGAGCAUAAAAGUACAUGGGAUGUGAUCAAGAACUCCGAUGAUAUACGUUCUACUCCACAAACAACAGCCCCAAUUCCUGAACCUACCUUCACAUUGCUGCAGGCUUCAAACAGAGUGGUGACUCUAGUACUUGAUGUCUCAGGAAGCAUGGGUGCCUAUGAUCGCAUUAAGAGGCUGUACCAGGCUGCAGACGUAUUUCUCAUUCAGAUCGUAGAAAAAGACUCAUAUGUUGGAAUUGUUUCAUUUUCAAGCUCCGCUACACUACUUUCUUCCUUAGUUCAAGUUUCCGAAGAUAAGCAUCGAGAACAACUUAAAGCACUUCUUCCCCAAAGAGCAAGCGGAGGAACAAAUAUUUGUGCUGGACUAAUGAGGGGAAUUGAGGUAAAUAAAGGAACCAGCGAUAAGUCUUCUUAUGGUACAGAACUCCUUCUGCUAUCAGAUGGAGAAGAUUCAUCUUUCCCUACUGCCUGUUAUUCUAGCUUAAUAAACAGCGGGGCAAUAAUUCAUGUAAUAGCUCUUGGACCAGAUGCUGCAAAGGCCCUUGAAGAAAUUACAGAAAAAACUGGUGGAUUAAACUUUUAUGCCUCAGAUAGUGUUGAUGCCAAUGGUCUAAUUGAUGCAUUCAGUGCCAUGACGUCUGGAAGUGGAUACGAAGUUGAUCAAACUAUUCAGCUGGAGAGCACUGGGGCGUCACUCCCACGAUCAGACUGUCUAAAGGGCACCGUUUUUAUUGACAAAACAGUGGGAAAUGAAACCUUUUUCUUGGUAACCUAUCAGACUACAGUGCCCAGUAUUGACUUGCAGAAUCCAAAGGGAGUAUUAUACAUUGGAAAGGACUUCAAACAUGACACUGCCACUAAAUCUUCCAGGCUUCAGAUUCCAGGAUCUGCUGAGAUAGGACCCUGGCACUAUACUCUUUGCAAUACUCUUACAACGACUCAAGCUAUAGGCAUCACUGUGACUUCCAAAGCAGUAGACAAAGAUGUGCCCCCAGUUACUGUAAAUGCACAUAUGGAUAAAGAUACGAAUAGCUACCCCAACCCAAUGGUUGUCUAUGCUUCUGUCACUCAAGGGUUUGUGCCUAUAAUAAAUACUAAGGUCACAGCAAUCAUUGAACCAACAACUGGAGCUUCAAUUACUUUAGAACUUCUAGAUAAUGGAGCCGGUCCUGACAUUAUUAAGAAUGAUGGUAUCUACUCUAGAUAUUUAACAACUUUCACAGUUAAUGGAAGAUAUGGUUUAAAAGUCCGCGUUGAAAGUACAGACAAUAAAGCCAGAUUGACACUGCCUCAAAAUCGUGCUCUGUAUGUCCCUGGCUAUGUAGAUAAUGGUAUUGUUACUAUGAAUCCUCCAAGGCCUGAAAUCAGCGAAGAAGAACUCAAAGUGGGAUUAUUCUCUAGAACUGCAUCAGGUAGUUCAUUUGUGGUAUCCAAUGUGCCUACAGGUCCCAAACCAGACAUCUACAAACCUGCGAAAAUAACUGAUUUGGUAGCAAAGAUAGAAGAACAAACAAUUGUGUUAUCCUGGACAGCAACGGGUGAUGAUCUGGACCAGGGUAAUGCUACUGCAUAUGAUUUAAGAAUAGGUGUCAACCCCAGGGAUCUCAGAGAUAACUUUGACAGCGCAGUCCAAGUGAAAAUCUCUAGUGUUACACCUUCUCCAGCUGGAUCUACUGAAACCUUCACAUUUGUACCAGAGAAUGUAACUAUCAAAAAUGGCACUAUCCUUUACUUUGCCAUAAUUGCUUUUGAUAAAGUUGGUCAUAAAUCUGAUGUGUCCAAUACAGCCCAAGCAGCUCUCUUCAUUCCUCCAACACCUGAACCUACAACGCCUGAACCUCCUACAACGCCUGAACCUACAACGCCUGAACCUCCUACAACGCCUGAACCUACAACGCCUGAACCUCCCACAAAACCUGAACCUCCUACAACGCCUGAACCUCCUACAAAUGACAAAUCAGAUAACUAUAAUUUAGUAACAAUGGUAACACUGAUAGUAUGUUCAGCAGUUAUUCUCAUCUGCAUUAUUAUAAGUAUAACCCUCUGUUGUGUGAGCUGCCACAGGAAGAAAAGACAGCCAGAAAUGAGAAUCUGAAACAAAUUGAGCUGCUAUAAUUGAGCUGAUUGUACAAAUAUGAACCUAGUGAUCUUAUGCCACUUGCUUUAUUCUAUGCAUGAACAGGAAAUGGUUUAGGCCCCUUUCACAUGUGAUGUUCGAUCAGGUCCUCCUGUCGUUUUUUCAGGCGGAUCUGAUCGGACCCUCCAGUUUCUUCUAUGGAGCGGCGGAUGUCAGCGGGCACAUGUCCACUGACAAUCACCGCCAUCCAAUCCUGUCUGCCAAAAACAGAUGAAUGGUGGUCCUAUUCCCCAUCUGUCAGACAGAUCAGAUCGGAUGGCAUCGGAUGGAAACAGACAGGCGGUCUGUUUUUAUCCGACUGCCCCAUUAAAGAGAGAUCCCGUGUGAAAGAGGCCUUAGGUAAAGUUGAUCAAAGUGGAAAAAAACUCUCUGCUCUCCAUCACAGGCAGUCACAUGCAGUCUUCUUUAUUUCCUUUCCUAAACUGGCGUAAAAAAAAUAAGAUUUAGAAUAGAGUCCAUUAAAAAACUUUCUCUUUAGAGUUGCAUCCUGAAAGUUCUUCACUCUGUCUCUUAGUGAUGGAUACAUUCAUUCAGUAGCAAGUACUACUAGCAGUUAGGAAAAACUAGACUUUGAGGGCCAACCCGUCAGUAUUUGUACUGGCAGUCUGUAAAAAAUGGGCACUUCUUCUGCCUGUAAAUGCCAGUGACAGGAAAAGGUUGUCAGCUAAAAAUAUGGUUGACACUCGGCUUAGAAUGUGCAGUUUCCCGGUCCAGAGCUGGCUGGGGAAAUCCGAAGGGGCCUGCUACAGUUGAUCCAGGCGGUGCAGAGUCUGGCAGAGGCAGUUCCUGAGCAUGUCGUGUGAUGUCAAAGGAGCUGAGCGGAGCGGCCGGAGCCUCAUGUGCAGGUGAAGAGCAAGGUAAGCUGGAAGCAAAACUGUGAGUGCUGUUCGGACUGGAGUGGAUUAAAGGGACCACCUGGCAUAUAGAGAGACUGUCAAUGUGACUCAGGAGGGGAUGUGUCGUGUUGGUGAGGAAUCAAUUUUAUGUAUGUGUGUGUGUGUGUG